AUGUCAUUGAACCCUCAGGAGGAAGUAUACAAGCAGUACUUGAAUUAUGACUGGAACUCAGAUUUAGAGUUCCAGAAUGGCUUGCAGGAAAUUUUGGACUCCUACCUCUCCAACAUCAAAGAACAAGAUCCACUGCAAACGUCAAUCUCAAAUCUUGACAAGACACAACUAACGAACCAAGCCAAGCUGUUUUUCUUUUGCCAGAAGACGGGUCAUAUACUAAACCUCGAGGACUUUGAAGAGUGGAAGAUACACAAUGGUGACAAGUUUGCCAAGAAUGCCAAAAUUGUUGAAUUGGGUGAAGAAGAAGAAGAAGAAGACACACAAGAUAAGCAGGAUGAAAGAUUGGCAUCAAGUGAAGAGCAACCUCCUUAUUCGUCCAAUUAUCAAAAUUUAGCUGAGUUGAUAAUGUCCGGAAAACCAGUCCCGGGAAUAAAGGACAUACCACCAGUGGUGUUGACUGAUCAAGGGUCUAAGUCGUCAGCCGCACAAAGAAAGAAACCUUGGGAGGUGAACCAAGAGAGCUCCAGUGGUCAAUGA